GAGAGGGGAGCUCUGCGCCCUCAUCGGCUGUCUGCAGUGAAAAACGGAGCAACGAGGAGAACUGAGGCACAAAACUCCAGGGCGACCUCCACACGGUCUGACGUACCCAAAGCUGCUGGUAUAAAUGAAUUCACGGCGUCACCAGGCUCAGAUGAUUCGCAGCACCAGUGAGCGCACCCGGCUGUCAACACACCCGGGCUACAACACACACAACCCCCCUCACACACACUCACAAACACGUCUGCGUCAUGCGUCCUGAGAGCGACGGCACGAACGCGGUAACUCCGAUGGACCCCGGUAAAACGCACAGCGGCAGCAGUCUGAGGGGCUGACUGUGUCCUGCUUAUCUGUCCGGCGUGUCCCCCCACUGCUCUGGGAAAGUUGCGCUCUGAGUGUGGUCGCAGUAUGGAUUUUAUAACAACAAGCGGCAACGGCAGCAACGCGACCAGCGGUUACCCCGGCGGGGUGGACGUGGUUGCCGACUGGGACGGGGGUGAGAAUGGCACGGGGUCUGGGGCUCUGCCAGAUGUGAAGCUGAGUUACCAGAUCAUCACCUCUCUGCUCCUGGGGGCCCUCAUCCUCUGCUCCAUAUUUGGCAAUGCGUGCGUCGUGGCAGCCAUCGCCCUGGAGAGAUCUCUCCAGAAUGUGGCUAACUAUCUGAUUGGAUCUCUGGCCGUGACAGACCUCAUGGUAUCGGUGCUGGUUCUGCCAAUGGCAGCCCUCUACCAGGUUCUGAACAAGUGGACACUGGGGCAGGAGAUCUGUGACUUAUUCAUCUCUCUGGAUGUACUGUGUUGCACAUCAUCCAUCCUGCAUCUGUGCGCAAUUGCCUUGGACAGGUACUGGGCCAUAACAGACCCCAUUGACUAUGUAAAUAAACGGACACCAAGGCGAGCUGCGAUCUUGAUAAGCGUGACUUGGCUAAUUGGUUUCUCCAUCUCUAUUCCACCUAUGUUAGGCUGGAGAAGCGCCGAAGACAGGGCGGACCUCAACGCCUGCAUCAUCAGCCAGGACCCGGGUUACACCAUCUACUCCACAUUUGGGGCUUUUUACAUCCCUCUCAUCCUCAUGUUGGUCCUGUACGGGCGAAUAUUUAGGGCUGCUCGGUUUCGGAUUCGGAAGACAGUGAAGAAACCCGAGAAAACAAAAGUGUCCGAAAAGUGCUUGACUGUGUCUCCGGCCAUCUUCCACAAGAAAACCAACGGGGAGGCCGGGGGCAAAGGCUGGAGGCGCAGCGACGAGUCCAAACCCAGCUCUCCGUGCGUAAACGGCGCGGUGAAGCACGGAGAGGAGGGUGAGUCACUUGAGAUCAUAGAAGUUAUCAGCAACUCAAAGACGCACCUGCCUCUGCCCAACACCCCUCAGUCCUCCUCGCAGGGCUACGAAAACAUGAAUGAAAAGAACUCGGGGGCGAAGAGAAAGCUGGCGCUGGCCAGGGAGCGUAAAACGGUGAAAACACUCGGGAUCAUCAUGGGAACUUUCAUCUUCUGCUGGCUGCCCUUUUUCAUCGUCGCACUUGUGCUGCCUUUCUGUGCAGAGAGCUGCUACAUGCCCGACUGGGUGGGCGCAGUCAUAAACUGGCUGGGCUACUCCAACUCUCUCCUCAACCCCAUCAUAUAUGCCUACUUCAACAAAGACUUCCAAAGUGCUUUCAAGAAGAUCAUAAGAUGCAAAUUUAACAGACCCUAACCACACACAGUGACAACAAAUGUGUUUACUUAGGUGUGGAGUAAAUGCACGGACAGCAGGAUUGUUCACUGACUGUAUGGAGCAAAAAAAAAAAUGACACAGACUUUCAUUCAGGGACAGUCUCUUUUCGGUGUGUGUUCAAGGACCGUGUAAAAAAAAGAAAAACCCGGGGUCACUGCUGAUGAAAUGAGACAGGACAGGAACUUUCGCUCUUAAUGUACAAGCUCAUGUUUAUUCAGUGUUGUAGCUACAGUAUAUAGCCUAUGUGCGACGGCAGCCAUCGUUGUAUUGCCAUGCAACACGUGUCAUGUGCUGAUUUCAUGCAUCUUAUCAUGAGACACGCGGGGUUUCCGUCCUACGUCAUGAGCUUUGUAGCACUGAAACAAUAAA